AUGGAGCAUGACUCCUGGCCACACCCCUCCUCACCUCCGGCGCCCCCGGCGGAACUGGCCAUGUCCGGUGUUGACGCGUUCUUCGUCCAGGACACUCCAAUUGAGUGCUGGCGCUUACCUCUCGCCGCCAAGGUCACCGCGCGCAAGGCCUUUCAGGUGGUUGUGAGAAAACGGCUACUGAAGCAGGGCAAGAGCGCAAAUCGGUACCGCUGGCGUGACGACGGUCUCGCAGUUGACUGGGUCCGUCUCCCUCCUGUUAUCGAGGGCGAGUCGGACGACGACGACGAAAUUCAGGUGAUGGACGCCCCGCCGCGAGCUCCGAUCCCGACCUUCGUUUUGGAAGACUCGCCAGAGCCGGAGCCACUCCCACCGCCGUCAUCAAGUUCAAACUGCGAGAUGAAGAGCUGGUCUCCGCAUUCGCCGCCGGUGGCGAAGCGGCAGCGGGUAGAUGGGCCACUCGAGUGGCAGUCGACUGCUGGCGGGUGGCUUGACGCCAACACUGAGCUGAGCAGGCAUGUUGCCUCAUCCUCCCCAGUGAUUUCGACCUCCGCGCUUUCCGAGGCCCGAAUCGAGAGCUCUGUGCCCCCCGAACCUCAACAGGUCAGGAGCUCGGUACCUCCAGAGGCAGCACGGGGUUCGAGCACAGCACCAGAGGCCUUGCUGGACAUCCAAGCUCGGAUGCUGGCUCUACAGGAGGAGAUGGGGGCGCGCAUGAAGGAGCUGCAGGAGCAAAUGAAGGUAGCCAUGCAGCAGGAGAAGUCACAGGGGCAGCAAUCGGGUUAG